GUUUUCAGUGUCGGGGGUAAACUCUCCGAAAGAACCAUUAACAAUGUCAGUAUGUCCAGUCAACGCAGCUGUCUUUAUUCCGACGGAGAUGGACAUUAUGUUACGAUGAAGAACUCAGGAAGAAACACGACAGAAGGUAUUGUCCCCGUGCAGGGCAUGACCACCACUGUUCUUCACAAGUCAUACGGCGGCGGCGGCGACUACUCGAGAACAGCCCCGGACACGACGCGUCUUCUUACUGUUGUCAUAGCAACAUCAACGGUGGCGUUUUUCCUCAUCAUCGCUGUAAUAGUAGCAUGCGCAUCUCACAGGAGGAAACAAAAAAUUAGACGAGAACAGAGCACGGCGUGUGCGAGUUUGAAAUUAACAAACUCGAGCUGCGAGUCGCCACAGGAGAAAACUGGAACAAACCAGCAGACCGUACACGUGGACACUGAAGACAAGGACUCGGAACCUGUGAGUUGCUGUGCUCGCCUCUGUUGUGUGAGUGAAUCAACGAACCGGGGAGAUCGAGAGGAACACAUCUACUCAGAGGUCGACUCAACAUCGAUCACCAACCUCCCAGACACUACAGACCUCGAUGGCAUUUAUGCCACAAUAGACGGAAAAGGUUCGAGAAUCUCAACAAUCGAGACUAAGAAAACUGGUCUCAAGCCAGCACAACUAACUGGCUGUCUCAAAGACAAGGACAUUUACAACCACUUGAUCGUAUCAAGAUCUGGUGAUUGUGCAGGGAAUAAUGAUAUUGGCAUAGAACCGAUACCUUCUUCUUCGCCUAGACAGUCUACCAGUGUGGCGGAACUAGGGGUGGGGUCCUCAGAGUAUGAUCAUCUAGACUACAGCCCCAGGACUCCCCCCACACAGAGUAACACUGUUUAUACUUUUGAUGACGUCUCUUUCAAUACGAGGGGACAGACCAGCUCAGAUACUCGUGCUCCUAAGUUUGUCAUCAAGGAGAAGACGUCUGGCGGACAGACGGACACCGAGACGCACGGUUACUUCGUUCUAGAACGCCAGGACGAUGUCACGGGGCCGACAUUCACCCCCUCGUCCCCGGAGGUGAUUGUUUUGAGUCAGCCUCCAGUUUCAGAAGAAAGUCGAGGUGUUCCGAGUCCCGGUGCCGAGACAUACCCAGACAGAGCUGACAGGCAUGAUUACUUCGUUGUGGAACCGUGUGCAAGUUUCGACAAUGAGGUUGUCACGAGACCUCCUCUUCCGCCCCGGAACCGGACCUUUCGAACCUCGCUGCACGGGGACCGGUAUAUUAGCAGCGUCAAUGAGCUGGGAGGUAAUUGCAGGUUUGUCGACGACCGACGAGAACCGUGCGGGACUCUGUUCGACAGGAGUUUCUCGUUCGAGUCCUCCCUCGUGUCUGAUGCUAAUCACAUCCGGGCAUCAGACGAGAUCACCGUUGUACACAUGCAGGUAAGGGACAUACCCGUACAACCCGAGGUGGUGCCAAUCCGAACAGCCAGGGACCCGACAUUCGAGCGUUUUACCACAGAGCCACAAAUACAACACGUCACGUCAUUCGGAAUAUGUCAAGCCGCACGGCCCAGCUCGACCGGUGAAUCACAAACUGAAAUCUCCCAGAGUGCACUGGGUGAAGGGUGUAGCAGAGUCCGUCGCCAUGGUGAUGGUCACGACUUCACGGUGCGACUGCGUGAUGGAGAAUUACGAAAGACUCACAAGUGUGACGUCAGACGACCACUGUCGUUCUCCUCCAAUGAGUACAUUAGACGAGCGCUCAGGCCGAAACCUUUCUUCGAGAAGUUCCGGAGUUACGACUCGGCCAGCGUCGUGCAUAGAGAACUGCUCGGCAUUGUCCGUGCUCACGAGUUCGGCAAGACCCGCUCGUCAUCGGACAGUGCAUGCGAAAUAACGAGGUCUGAAGACAUUUCCACAAACCUGUAGGAAAAUCAGAGAUGUGUUGAAUAGUUCUCCAUCAACAUUUCCACAAACAUGCAGGAAAACCAGAGAUUUGUUGAAUUGCUCUGAAUAAACAGUUCCAUAAACCUGUAGGACAAUCAGAGAUGUGUUGAAUAGCUCUGAAUAAACAUUUCUACAAACCUGUAGAAAAAUCAGAAACGUGUUGAAUGGCUAAUCUUAAACAUUUCCAAAACUCUCAAGGGAAAGCAAACAUUUGUAGAAUAACUUCAUGAAUAUUCCCAGAAACCUGUUGAAAAUCACAAACUUGUUGAAUAUAUAUUCAGAAAAUGUUUUCCCAGAUCUAUGGAAAAUAGAUCGCUCUUUAUUAGAAUUUAAACAAAAAGUACGAUGUUCAAAAACUAACAUAUAAUUAUUGUAACUGACAAUUGCUACGAAUUUUUGUUACAUGCUUGUAAUCAGUGUAUAUAUAUUAUUUUUAUAUAUCUGAUAUAUAUAUACAUAUGUGUGUGUGUGUGUGUGUGUGUGUGUGUGUGUGUGUGUGUGUGUGUGUGUGUGUGUGUCCUGUAUGUUAUUGUUGUAAUAUUGACUGCAAUAGUGACAGCUGUAUAUUUUAAUGGAACACAAUAGGCGCAUGUGGAGUGUGUGUGGGUCGAUUGCACAACAAUAAAUUCUUCAUCUCCUAUAGCGUAACUUUCACGCUGUAUUGUAAAUCAGAAGUUAUUAUAGCACGUAUUGUCGUAAUAUACCAGAGUGAGUAUUGUCGUAAUAUACCAGAGUGAGUAUUCCAGGAACAGUUUGUAAAAUGAUGAAAUGUUUCUGUUUUUGAUUAGAUCACUGGAUAACAUUAAAUUGGUGUUUCUCAA